UACGGCCUGGCAAGGGUGAGUCGUGAUAAAUCACACGUAAGAUAAGCUUUAUGCAUCCCACAAGGGGAAAUUUGGAUGUUGCAGCGGGCACUACAGAAAAGAAAUAGGAUACGGCAAUUUACGGUAGUUCACAGUUUUUAACACUGCCAAUAAUAAAUUAGAGUGAAAAUAGCAAUGCAGUAGGUCAUAUUUACAUUGAGUGUGUCGUGCACAAGUAACACACCCGUCCUCUGCACAAGUGUGUGUUUCAUAUUAUAUUUGCCGAACGUCUAAGAAUUUCAAUGUUUGUUGAAUUUAGAGAUAUCAGUCUACACAGUCAGGGUUGACUAGCUGUAGGCAGAAUAUAUAGGUAGUUGCCUCGGGUCCCUGAAUUACCUGCGUCAAGGAGGAAAUGAAAUGAUCAUCACUUUUCUGUGUGGGGGGGGUCCCAAGUAAAGCUUAGCCUAAAUUAUGCAGGGGGGGGUUGUAACUGCCCCCAAUCAAAUCCAGCCAAUACACUCCAAUCCAAUGGACUCCCUGAAAUGAGUGGAUAUGUCAAGCCCCCCCCCCAAAGCUCAACCCAAAGUCAUGUCCUUUCCUGUACUCGAACAUUACACUUUCCAUCGCACUGUUUCAAUAAAAAGCCUGAGACGUGACAAAUGAUCGAGCAGCGGGGGGGGGGUCUCGCCUGUCCCAGUGCCACAUAGAGACUGAUACUGUGACAGCCUUGAGGACACACAUCAGGACAAAGCAGACAGCUAGACGUGUCACCAGCCUCACAAGCUGAUCUGGACCUAUGUGACCGCGUCCAGAGCUAUGCUGACCCGGGGAAGGUCAUCCAACCUGCAGGGCUUUUGGAUCGGCCAUGGGUCCAUGUGCAGGGCUUUCCAGAACCAUUCUACAAAGCAGGAGCCCAUCUAAAGCUGCAAGUAGCUACAAAAGCAGGCUCAAUGACACAUACAGUUGUCAUCAUUAGGAAAAGCCCCCACCGACAAAACGAAUUAAACAAAUUGCACUUUGUGGACUGCUAUUAAACUCUUUCUGGCACAAAAAAGGUUUUCGGGGAACGAACCCGGCUGCUCAGCUUAUGUAAUAUAUUCCGUUAGGGAACAAAAAGGGGGGAAAAAACAGACGUAAGGAAUCAAGCCGAAAAUAAGUGGCUGUGGUCGCACACGUCCGUUAAGUUGCGCUCAGCCAGGAGACAACGCAUCCAAAAAAAAAAAGACUCCAUGAGGAGAAGAGAGGAGGCGCCACUGGUGUUUGGCUGGAGGAGUGAGAGGGUCGCCUGGUCGGUGCUGUGGAGCCAGUAUAGGGUCGACAGCGCUGUACCGACUCUCUUAUUAGACACCAGUUCACCAGCGCUGGACCCUGUUAAAGGCAGGCGGUUUGGGAGUGUCCCAAAGUUGGGAAAGGCUGGUGCAAGACGGGGAGGCUUUUCCGAAGCCCCAUCGCAGCCACACAGUUAUUUACCAGCUACAAUAUGUCCCUGGGCUCUUAGGAAGGAGGCGCAUAAAAUGUGAGACCUCUCGAUGGCAAAGGGACAGUGCAAUGCGCACCGCAAAGCCGCGCCGCAGAGAAGGCGACUGACCGCAUCGCUUCCUAGGCAGCUGCCCCUCCUCUCCCGGCAUGACAGCGACGGGCUUCCCCGGACUGAACCCAGGCUCUCGGUUCGCCUCGCACUUCUCACCCUUCCGGCAGCGCCUACCCCGCUUCGGCUUCUGCUCCAAGAAGAAGAGUGAGGCCGCGAUCCAGGGCCGCCUGCGGAUAAAGUCGAUGCCGGGGGCCUUCCUCAUCCUGGGCGUGGUGGUGGUGCUGGUGGGCACUGCGGUUGCGGUGGCAGGCUACUGGCCCCGGGCUCAUAGGGCCGGCACGCAGGGCCAGACGGCCGUGAACGGGUCUCGGGUGGUGCAGGGGCGGGCCGCGGGGGCCCGGUCCUUGCCGUCGGCUGCCGGGCUGAUGCACAGCGACCGCAUGAAGCUGCUGGGCCCCAUCGUCAUGGGUGUGGGCCUCUUCAUCUUCAUCUGUGCCAACACCAUGCUGUACGAGAACCGCGACCGUGAGACCCAGCUGCUACUCGCCCAGGCCGCCAUCAAAGCUGCUGUCCCCGCCGAUGGUGUCCUGCCUGCCCUGGAUGGACCCCUCCCCCUACCCCCCCACUGGCCCGUCAGCUUGACGGCCACAGAGCUCAACAUCUGUUGCUUGGAGGACCUCGCCGACUCAGAAUCCUUGCUGCUACAGGUGGGGGCCGGGGGCAGUCACUGGGCCUCUGGAGUGCGACCCUCGUCCACCCUGCUGACGGAGGCUCUGCACCACCAGGGCGCGUCCUCACCUCCCAUAUCGCUGCGCACCAUCCACUCCGACUCCUGCAACUCCAGCGUCAUCAGUGUGAACAUCCCCGGGGGGUCAGCCCCUGCCUCACCCCAGUCGGUAUCCAGCAUUGGCGCCGUGGCCCCACCCCUCAUUAAACUCAAUAACUACCCAGUGGAUGCCCCUCCGGGCAUGUCUAGGGAUGACGACUGGGGGGCACCCAUGUUGCCUCGCCGUGCCUACAGCCUCAGCUGCAGGACUAAGCCCCGGGAGCACCAGCCUCUGGCAAGUCGUAUGGGAGCACUACACGCUCCUAUGACCCCGGGCGAGCCAUUCCGGAAGGAGUUCAGCUCGGACAUGUGCCUGAGCACGGCUGCCCUCGACCCUAGGGGGACAGAGGAGCAGAAACACCGCAGCUGGCCGCGACUGGACCUCAGCAUGACCAGGAGGUACCAGAAACUGGAGAACGCUAAGGACUCGGGGGAGAAGCUGGAGCAAGCGUCUUAAGGCAGCUUGUGAUACUGUGGCCAAAUUGUGGGGGAACCGUAACACCGAAGGGCUUACUCACCAUCAUGGACAGAAGGGCCCUCAGUUCUGGUCCAUGGCAGCGUUACUGUGGGAUAUACAAAUGUUCUGGAGAUCUUUUUAAGAGUGCAAACCACAGUCAGCAUGAAGCGUGCUCCUUGGAAGUGGACAUGCGGGCAAAGUGUACAGUCACCGCAUGGCAUUUUCCAGGAGACCGCUCUGGUUUUGUGUUUGGAGUUUCUGCCAUUAGUGGGAUUGCAUUUUAAGCACAUCACAGAGGAAAGAGAAGAGACUCUGGCGGCAAUGAUGAAUUUGGAGGCAUUUCGGAAAGUCUGCUGGAUUUUAUGAAUCAUCACGAGGAACCUGAGACUUUAACGUUUCUGUUCUUGCCACAGAGCAUCGGUAUGACAGAUCAGGAGAGUUUUCGUGCCGUAUUUUAGCUAUGAAUCGAGUGCGGCAUCUCCGUUAGCCAGCUAGCUGCCGGCAUGCACAGAGACGUAUUGAUAGCUAUCGAUUGUUCCCCCUAGUUAUUUGUCUUCCGAAUGCACGCUGUCCCCAGUCGCUCUGGCUGCCUGUCCUCACAGCGUAAUCCAGUCUCAUGAUGGAAGAAGCAAACAAAGGCCGUGACUAUGUUUUAGGAUCGUUUAAAAAAGGACAGAUCUUCAUAAUGUUGACCGGGAAGUCUGUUCGGGCUACCGAUUUAACGAUCAAUAUGCAGGGUUUUGGCUCAUGGAUCUGUUGGCCCGACUAGUACAGGGUUCUGUUCUGUGUUAAGGAACAACGAGCAGUAUGUCGUUUGGUUUGAUCUGAGCACCAGAAACUAUGUUGGAUCACUGAGAAGCGGAGAAUGACCUGUGUGAUGUUACUGUCAAUAAAGGCAGGACGAGACCUUG